AUGGAAUCUUCACGCCAAUACCAGAUACCCAACACGCCGCGCGUAAUAUCGCCGUCACCCACCCCCUCGGAGGCGGGCAGCACGAAAGAUGGCUACUUUGGCCCGGUAACGCGCUCGUCGACGCGCAAACAACGAAUUACGUCACCUCCGCCCAUCGAUGAGGACUCGUCCAGCUCAGAUCCCGACAAGAGGGCUCGCGCCAGGAGCCGGAGUCCCAAGCUGGAUGGAGGCGUGGGGAGACGGAGGAUGAGUGGCCUGACGAGCCGAAGGCAGAUGAACGGGGGCAUGAAGAAGGAUCUCACGCUGCCUGCCAACACCUCAAACGGCCACCUGUCGCCAGCGCAAGCAAACAAGAAUUACUGGAGGGAAAUGAGCAGAAGCCCAAGUCCUCUGGGCCUGAUUCCCAUCCACCAGAAAUGGCGGUCAUUCAUUCACCGACACGAGAUCCCCCGCAAGAUCCUGCACGUCUCUAUCGGCUUUCUCACCAUCUUUCUCUACUGCAUCGGCACGCAAACGUCGCAGAUACACAACGUCCUCCUGACCAUGCUAAUACCCAUCGCCCUGACCGACGUCAUACGCCACCGUUACUGGCAAGUGAAUCGUUUCUAUAUCCGCUGCCUGGGUGCGUUCAUGCGCGAGUCGGAGGUAGAUGGGUACAACGGCGUCAUCUCCUACCUCCUAGGCGCGUGGAUUGUAAUGCGCUUUUGCCCAAAAGACAUUGCAGUCAUGAGCAUCUUACUGUUGAGUUGGUGUGACACCGCUGCCUCGACUUUUGGCAGGCUCUGGGGCCACCUUACGCCCAGAGUCAGAAAAGGCAAGAGUCUUGCGGGCUCCAUAGCGGCCUGCGUAACGGGUGUCAUCACAGCUGUCGUAUGGUGGGGCUGGUUAGGGCCUCUCUACUCAGAAUACAACCACGGCGAACACGCUUUUGCGUUCCAGGGCGCGCUGACGCUCCCUUCGCAGGUGCGGGAGACUCUCGCCUUGUCCCCGAAACAAGCUUCUCUCACCGGAUACUGGGCUCUGGGCGCCAUGUCCCUGGCGUCUGGCGUCAUUGCCAGUGCUAGCGAAGCGAUUGACGUCUUUGGUUGGGACGACAAUCUCACCAUCCCCGUGCUUUGCGGAGCCGGGUUAUGGGGCUUUCUCCGGAUCUUCGGAUGA